UGUAGUGGAGGAAGGGAACGUAAGUCGACUUUUAAAGAUGAGGGCGAAGGGUGUACUGAUUCUCGGUAUCUUGUUCUUUGUACACCACGUGACCACGGCUCCACUCGAAGAUGAGAAUGUGGUACAAGAACUUCAGGAUUUAUUAACUGAAGAAAACGAGUUUGAAGAAGCUAAUGGAGAAUCCGAGGUGGCAGUAGAAGAUCCAGAUGCAGAUGUCUUGGAUCCAGAGGAAGAUGAAGAGCCAUCAUAUAUAGAUGAGGAAGCUGGUAUGUAUGUUGAAGACGACGAUGGAACGGCUGGUGCAUCUGAACCAACCCAGGGCCUACCAGAAGUCAUUGUAGACCUCCCGAAUACUACUACUACUACUACUGAGGCCGCUGAACCCACUCCUAUUCCUGUUGAGGAAGCAACUCUGGUCAUCUCCGCUGCAGGGAGUAACGAAACUGACGAAGGACCGGCAGCGCCAGUUGUCAGUGCUGAAGAUCACGCAGCCUUCAUGAACGGAACAUAUACUGUGAGUCCUGAACAACUUUUAGAGAUACAAAAUGGUGUUUGUGGUGACCUCCUGGAUAAGGGAUGUACUGAUGCAGAGGUUUGCAAAGCUGGUGGGUGUACGCAGCUGCGAUGUCACUAUACGAGAUGCGUACCAAACAGUAUCAAUCAACCAUUGCUUCCUGGAGAUGACGAUGUGGACACAUUGAACGAUGAGGACACAUCGAACGAUGUCGGCACUACUGAAGUAUAAUAUUUUUACGUUCUGGCCAAAUGGAAUACCUUGGGUGUGGUAGAUUGCUCUCUUCUUCUGUAUAUUAAAUUAUGACGUCACCAAUCUAUCAAAUGUUUCCCGCUUUUAUCAUAAUAAUUCUUCUGAUUUAAAUUAAAAAUAUGUUAGCUAUUAAGAAAUUACAUCGUA